AUGGUGAACGUGGUACUAGCCGAUGUUAGUGCUUUGAGUCGCCUGGCGAGGACUCGCUCUGAUGCUCGCACCGCAGAGCCCACCCCCGGUCCCGGGCGCCAGCGCGCCAGCGGACGCGCCAAGUCUCGAAGUCUAGGCAGUACCUGUGGUGCCUCAUCAGUGGCCAGCGGGGGCGUGCAACCGGCCGCGCUGUACGACCCGGCAGAGCUAUGUGCCCCGACGGGCCACGAGGACCCACACGUGCAGACCGGCUGCGCCAUGCACAUGGUGCCCAACCUGGGGCGCGUCUCGUACAUCUGGCACCAGUCUUCGUCGAACGCUGAGAUACCAGCGGCAAGCAGCUCACGCUCGCAGCGGUUCCCCUCCUCAGUCAGCUUCGAGGCGAUGCAGAUUGCAGAGCUCGGAGUCGGAUCGGGCCGGCGGCACAUGAAACACUUCGAAGACACUGCCAGUUACGAUCCGCGCCGCCUGGUCCUUCCCCCAGAACCCAUGGUUGCCGACGAAGGCCACGAUCUCGAGUGGCCAGCUGAGCGCCAGCCGGAGCAGUUGGCCCAAAAAGUCAGCCCAAUCGAGAUUUCGGCGGGAAAGCCGACCCGAGGUGUCCUGUUCAAUUCGUCGAGGCCACUCUUCUUGCCCCCUGACGGCUUGGAUCAGACCGGCGGCUCAGACGAACAAACCGUGAUGGCCACAUCGGGGAAACGCACUGUGAAAUCAAAGAUGAUGUCCCUGCUCGGCGGAUGGCACGAACGCGUCCCUCAGGACUCCACUAGCUCUAGAACCACGCCGUCUGACCAGCCUUCACCUUGCCUGUUGUCAGUGCCAUCGGAACGACCCGUUGUUCUCGAACCAAGACGAGUCAACUUCGAUGUCGCUAUUGCAGAUGCCGCCACUCUACCACGCUCUGACGGGACAAACGAAGCAGCAAACGUGGCUGAGCUGCAGGGCCGUUCCUCGCCAGCACAAGAAGCUUGUGGCCGGGAUCGGACGACCAAUGGCGCUAACGAACUUCAGCCAAACGAUCCCGGAGGAGCCGCAGCGUCGGCAAGCGCUGCCGCAACCUCUAUGGAAACUAGCUCUUUGGAGGCUGAAAAGAGGGCCAUAGUUUCGGAUUCCCAGCCGAUAAUGGGUCGACGAGAAACACAGCCUUUCGUCCGCCCUCAGGCGUCGACGAUGUGGACGGUCCGGCGUUCCGGUGCCUUCCUUUUUUCGCCGACCAGAGUGGUAACUCGAGACAGUGCCCAACAGACGGACCAAUAAGCGCUCCUCUAUAUUAGCGCGCGAACAAUGGCAUAAUGUACCCAGAUAGCACUUGCAUAA